AUGGGUCUUGGCCAGGGAGGUUCCGCUUGUUGUGGGCAUGCUGUUGUCAUGUGUCCACUUCAUAAACAGGAGCCUCUGGAGCUCUUCUGUGAGACAUGUGACCUCCUGGCCUGUAGCAUCUGCCACCUGUCUGCACACAAGGACCAUCGGUUGGUUCAUGUCAGUAAGGCUUUGCUGGAUCAGCAAUGGCUGCUGGAGAACCUGAUGGCUCGGGUGGAGGAAAAAAGAACAGCUGUGGAGAACACAGCCAAGCAGAUCCAGGGCAGAUUUCACAGCGUAAAGAUCACCCAGAGAAAGGCUGAAAACCAGAUUAAAAUGGCCAAGAUGAUUAUGAUGAACGAGCUGAACAAACGGGCCAACCUAUUAAUAGAGCAACUGGAGAGCAUCUCCAGUGGUUUCAAACGGCAUCUGGAGGACCAGUUGCAGGGAGCGAUAGAGCUUUGUAGCCAGCUGGAACAUGUGCAGAACUUCAUCACCUGGGCUGCCGCUCAUCACAGGAGGAACCCACUGCUCUUCAGCAAAGAGCUGAUUGCUCUUCAGAUGCAGCAAUUACUAGAGCCUCUGAUACAGACAGAAACCUUGUCCUCUUUAAAAAUAAAGUUUAACUGGGAUGCCAGCUUCUGGACCAAGCAGAUCUCCACUCUUGGUCAGCUAAGUGUCGAGGGUGGAAGCCAUUCAUUUUCUGAUGGAGUAGGUCGGCCUAGUAUCCUGAGACCUCAGCCUGUUCCUUGCAUGACUAUGUCCUCACUCUGCUAUCCGGUUCGAGGGACAGACUGUGCCUACCAGUCCUUCUGCCAACCUCAGCCUUGCUGCCUUCACUGCAGACCUGCCCAGUCUGUACCACUGGAGAAAUACCCACUGUCACCGGACAAGUAUUCAGUAACAUGCACCCAGCAACCUAGCUGUAGUUCUCCAUCAAACCUCCAAAGGCAUUAUGACUCUGAGGGCACUGCUGGACCACCCCAGUUGAAUGUGAAUUCUUCCCUGAAUCCCACUGUGCCUGAUCUAGUCCAGCAAAGGUCCAGUGGAACUACAGUCAAAGAACCUGCUACGUCUGACCCUCCGCAGUGUGAGCACAACCCAACAAUCCCUGAGCCAGCUGUUCUGAACAGUAAAAAGACUGAUCAGCCUGUCAGCAGCACAGAGCAAGUGCUUACAUGCAGAAAUGUCACAGACCUGACCACAGAUCAACAGGAUCAACCUGCCGAACAGCAAAGCAGCGAGUUGGGUGCUACCCCAGGGAAAGAGCAACAGUCUCUAAAAAACAAUCAAGAAAAAGAUGUGAGAACCCCAGUGUCGGACAUGCUUGCACGGGAUGAAGGAUGCGGAAGUAAUUCUCAGAGCAAGACCAGCCCAGAGACAGUAAACCAACUACAUAGCAUCUUAGCAGAACCAAGCUCAUCAAACAAUGUUUCCUAUGAACCCAGGCCUUCUGGGGAUGCCCAGUGUCUAGCAACAGUAACUGAAGACCAGGCAUGCACAGAACAGCAGGACAACAACAGCUUCAAGGUAACAACCCUACUGCAUCCAGAAAGUUGUGAUAGCUCCUCCCAAACCACCUAUAAAUCUGAGCCAGAUAAUGUUGGUGCAUAUGCACUUGAAAAUAUUGGCUCAAAAUCUGAUAAAACAUACAGAACAUCAAGAAAAGUUCAAGGCAUCAGCAAAAAAGCUUCUAAAGGUUCUAAAGUCCCAAUUGUAUGUCUGAAACGCCUGAAGAUACUGGUCUCCAAGCGCCCACCGCAGGGACUCCAAAGGAUUGGUGCUCCUGACUUUGGUCUAAAGUCUGAAGGGUCGUUCCUUCAAGAACUGGAUAGAGAACUUUCUACUGAGGAGCUAUCCAGUGAAAAACCAGCCCAGGAAGCAGAAGAUUAUCCAGCAUCAGAGUCACCCCCUGCGGUGCAUUACAGUGACUCCUUUGGAAAUUCAGAACAAUCAAUGUCGGAGCUUUGUAAUGACAAAGAUGAUUUGCAGGAAUUGUCACCACCAAAUACAUCAGACCAAUCCAGUGACCAAGAACCUUCUUUACAGCAUCAAUCUGAGGAAGAACACACUCCCAACACCAAUCCAGCUGAACCAAGGUCUGUGCCUGAGUUCAACCUGCAGCCAGAAUCCUCAACAGAGGCUGACUUCAUCUCAGAGGCAGAAGUGGAAUCGGAACUCCAAGCAGAAUCAGAGCCGAGCUUUAGAUCCAAACCACAAGUGGAAUCGGACUUAGAAUCAGACGUGGAGUCUGAGCAGCCCCCUGAAUUGGCGCUUUCAGCAGAGUCUGAAGUCGAGCUGGAAUCAGAACCAGAUUCCACUGCUGAAGUGACUCUGAAUCUUGAACAGGAAUGUGAGUGGGAAGCUGAGCAAAUUGCUACGGAUUUAAAUGCACAAUCUGAACUGGCCACAGGAAACCGGGAGCAAGUGGAGAUAGAGAGUGAGGACUUCUGUGCCGUCUGCUUGAUCGGGGGAGAACUGCUAUGCUGUGACCGCUGUCCCAAGGUCUUCCAUCUGGCCUGCCAUGUGCCCUCUCUGCUUAGCUUUCCGACUGGUGACUGGGUGUGCACUCUGUGCAGAAAUUUGCAGAGACCAGAGGUGGAAUAUGACUGUGAGAACACUCGGCUGCCCGCAUGCUCUGUGCCAUCUGGACUGUCUCUAUGUGACCAGAGGAAAUGUGAGAAGUUAACACUGCUUAUUUACAGCAACAUUCUCAGUGCCCCUUUCCAUGAGCCAGUCAGCCCACUGGCUCGUCAUUACUAUCAGAUCAUCAAGAGGCCGAUGGACUUGUCUGUUAUCCGAAGCAGACUCAACAAGAACAGCCCAGCACACUACGACUCCCCUGCUGAGUUUGUGACUGAUGUCCUGUUAAUGUUUAAAAACUGUGCCAAGUUUAACUAUCCGGAUUCUGAAGUGGCUCAGGCAGGCCUCAGUCUCCAGUCCUUCUUCUUAUCCAAGCUCAGCGAAGUAUUCCCAGAGCUGAGCUGCUUUUCUCCUGAAGAUGAUGUGGACAGUGAUGAUUAUGAGGAAGCUGAAAGUUUGGCCACUGCUACAUUUCCUUGGCCUGAGAGGAGGGAGCAGAGUCACAGGAAGAGGAAAAGGAGACGUUCGUUUAGCAUGAGGAGGCAUCAGUAUUAGCCCUGUGUAAUGUUACCUUGUUGAGAGAAAUUUUAAAGGUUUCAUCUUCUU